UUAAUAAUUAGUGAAUAGUGAUUACUAUUUCAAGUUUUCAGUUUUGAAGUGUAAUUAUAAUUUGUAGGGCUGUUAUUAUUUUAUUCAAUAACAAUGUCCUUAGAUACCGUACCCAAGGAUUUAAGAGGCUUGCGGGCGUGUUUAGUGUGUUCAUUAGUAAAGACUUUUGACCAAUUUGAAUAUGAUGGUUGCGAUAACUGUGACGAAUUCCUUCGGAUGAAAAAUAACAAAGAUAAUGUUUACGAUUGUACAAGUAAUAAUUUUGACGGAAUGAUUGCUGCUAUGAGUCCAGAAGAUAGUUGGGUGUGUAAAUGGCAAAGAAUAAGCCGCUUCUGCAAGGGAGUCUAUGCUAUAUCAGUAUCGGGUCGUCUUCCUGCUGGUGUCAUAAGAGAGAUGAAAAGUCGUGGCAUUGUGUAUAGACCCAGGGAUACUAGUCAACGUUAAAAAUAUGCAUGUUACAGAUCUUAUUAUAUAAGUACUUUUAAUUUGAAAUAAAUUAUAAAUAAUAAAUAAGAAAU